UCCCGACGUUAUCACGAAAGGCAAACAACUCGACUGCUCUGAUCUGCUCAACGAUCCAGUCGUUAAAUUUCAGAAGAAAUUCUACGUUUUGUUUUACUUAACAUUUGUUGUCGUUUUACCGAUUCUUAUACCCGUCACCCUAUGGUCCGAGUGUGUGUCAAAUGCGGCAUUUGUAGCCCUACUUAGAUAUUGUACUUCAUUGCACUGCACUUGGUUUGUCAAUUCUGCGGCCCAUAUGUUUGGGAGUAAACCAUAUAACCCGCGAAUAGAGGCGCGAGAGAACCUAUUCGUCUCAUUCGGAGCUUUCGGAGAAGGUUUUCAUAACUAUCACCACGAGUUCCCAUUUGACUACUCGACCAGUGAAAUGGGUUGGAAGCUAAACAUCACCACAUUCUUCAUAGAUCUAAUGGCAACCAUAGGACAGGCAUAUGAUCGCAAGAAAUUAGCUCAAAAGUAUAUUGAUGAAAGAAAACUCAAAGUUAUUUCCAAAACGUUUUAA